ACCUUGUUACUCCGUUACCUUCUUACUCUGUUACUUUGUUACUCUGUUUCCUUGUUGCCUUGUUACUCUGCUACCCUGUUACCUUGCUACUUUCUUACCUUGUUACCCUGUUGCAUUGUUACUCUGUUACCUUGUUACCCUGUUACCUUGUUACCCUGUUACUCUGUUACCUUGUUUCUCUCUUACCUUGUUACCCUGUUACCUUGUUACUCUGUUACCUUGUUACCUUGUUACUCUGUGACCCUGUUACCUUGUUACUCUGUCACCAUGUUACCUUGUUAGUCUGUUACCUUCUUACUCUGUUACCUCGUUACCUUGUUACUCUGUUACCAUAUUACCUUGUUACUCUGUUACCUUGUUAAUCUGUUACCCUGUUACUCUGUUACCUUGUUACCCUGUUGCCUUGUUACCUUGUUACUCCAUUACCAUGUUCCCUUCUUACUCUGUUACCUAGUUACCCUGUUACCUUGUUACUCUGUUACCUUGUUACUCUGUUACCUUGUUACUCUGUUGCCUUGUUAUUCUGUCACCUUGUUACUCUGUUACUCCGUUACCUUCUUACUCUGUUACAUUGUUACUCUGUUUCCUUGUUGCCUUGUUACUCUGCUACCCUGUUACCUUGCUACUUUCUUACCUUGUUACCCUGUUACCUUGUUACUCUGUUACCUUGUUACCCUGUUACCUUGUUACCCUGUUACCCUGUUACCUUGUUACCCUGUUACCUUGUUACCCUGUUACCCUGUUACCCUGUUACCUUGUUACCUUGUUACUCCGUUACUAUGUUACCUUGUUACU